AUGUCGAACCUUCUGCAGACAGAAAUCCAGCAGAAGCUGAGCCAGGCAAACAUGCGAAUAGCCGGCUGGCUGGGCGGCGAGAGCGGCGGGGCGCCGGAACGGAACGCAUUUGAGGACCUGCCCGUGAUCAAGCCCGGCGCCGGUCUUGACCUGUCCUCGGAUACGGCCAGAAUAGGCGAUUUCACGUCAGGGAAGACGGUAAAAAAAAUGAAAAACCCGCAACGACCGCAGUCGCGGUCGCUCCAGGCGUUGCAGAACAAGCUGCGGAACGCCAGCAGAGACAAGGCACGCGCGAGAGUGGAGAAAACGAAGCGGGAGGCCUCAAAGCAGGCCCCCGGCGGGAGUGCACAGUCUGAGGACGACUCGGACGAGGACGAGGUGGUGCGACGGAAGAAAAGCGGUCCCACCGCCAAGAAGGUGAGCAAGCGGCCAUUUUAG